AUGGCCACAUGGGAUUACGUCAUGAAAUUUGUGGUAGUCGGAGAUUCGAGUACAGGCAAAUCUUCGCUAUUGGUUCAACUGACUGAUAAACGGUUUUUAGGUCAAUCAGAUCCAACCAUUGGUGUAGAGUUUGGCGCAUCAUUAAUCUCCCUGCCGAACGGAAAAACUAUCAAGGCUCAAGUUUGGGAUACCGCCGGACAGGAAAGCUUCCGAUCAAUCACUCGGUCAUAUUACCGCGGAGCAGCCGGAGCCCUACUAGUGUUCGACACAACCCAUCGGCAAUCGUUUCUCAACCUCUCACAGUGGCACGAGGAUCUGAAGUCAUACGGAGACCCGGAUCUAACGGUGGUUGUUGUCGGAAAUAAAUCGGAUCUGUGUCCCUCGACGGGCGAUGAUUCUGGCCACCCUCCAGCAGCAUCUCGACAAGUCACUCAUGAUGAAGCUUUGAGUUGGGCCCACGAAAGAGGACUCGAAUAUAUCGAAACGAGUGCGAAAACCGGUGCAAACGUCGAAGAAGCCUUUGCUAAGGUUGCCCGAAAGAUUUAUGAGUCUGGACGAUUGGAUCUCCAGAACCGCUCGAAUCAACAACGGCCUGGAACCAGUUUUCCCCUCCCUAAUAAUAGCCACAAUCAAAAGCGGUGUUGUGGAUAG